AUGGACAAGCUGUUUAUAUACACUGCGGAAAAUAUAAUCAAGGUGGUGGGUCUGUUGGAUAGAAAGGACCAGGGUGGGGUCGUUGAUGAAUUUCAGAAAAUUACACGACUCAAAACCACCGAGGCUACGUUUCGCAGGGACGCUCUGAAUUUUAUUUACAAUGGAUGCAUCAACAGAAUGCCGAAUUCUUUUCCACCCACCAAAACUUUCACAAAUAAAUUGGAAUUCAUAAUGAACAAGCCGUUGUCGUUUUUCGACACUUGUCCCGAUUUUAAAAAUCUCAUGUCCUCCAUGUCCAGAGAGCAUUCGAAGAAAAUCAAUCAGUGCUUCCUGUGUCUGAAUCGAAAUCAACAGCUUCUUUUCCUCGAUAUUCAUAGGAAGAUUACGGAUUCCAUGGACGAGGAUGGCAUAGUUCGCAAUCCGUUCUUUAUGUUGUUAAAUUCACGUUCGGGUACGGGUAAAUCGACAUUGAUCAGUGUGGUGGCGGCAUCGAUGUGCAGCAAACUUCACAUUAUGGUGUACAGCAAUAAUCUGCGUAACGUCCUCUCGUCUCUGCACCCCAACAUUGUGGCCAUGACGAAUUGUAAAUUUAUUAUGGACUUUUUGGGUUGGUCCUAUUACAAAGCCAUUAGUUUCUUUACACCGUUAGCCGAAAAAUCGUUGUGUUACAUUUACAGAAUGAUUCUGAAGAGCGUUACCAUGUUCCGUUUCCCAAAGAAUUAUAUGGAUUUAAAUGUGACGAUGCGCAAUGGUAAAGUUGCUGGCCGUAGUUGCAGCGGCAGCGGUAGCGGUAGCGGUAAUAGUAACAUUGAAAGGGAAACACAUUUGUUUGUAUUCGACGAGGUCACAUUGUUGUCACCCUUUUUUGUAAUAUUUUUAAAAUUUACAUCAGAAUACAAAAAAAUUAACAUUCUAAUGGUGGGUGAUGCCAAUCAACAAAAGACCAUACGAGUCUCUAAAUAUCACAAGAUGAACAAUCUAUCGCUGCUGGACGAACUGGUUGAUUGUUCACUCCAGCUGAACAUUCAAAUGCGAACCGACGACAAGGUGUUCAUGGAAAAGAUUGCCGUCAUAGAAACGGAAUUGGACAAGUACAAGGACAACAUCAAGAUAAACUAUGCACAUAAACUGAUGCUGUUCGAGUUGUUCGAAGAGCAAUUCUUGGCCCAGGAGGAUUUCAAAACAUUAUAUUUUGCAUCGAAACAUCAAAAGUGCAAGGAUCGCGUCCUCCGAAUGUAUUUGCAUGCCAAAAGUGAAAAAUUGAAGUACUACAUUGUCGCGUACAAGAACAACCAUCGGCAGGAUGUAUUGCUGCCCAAGUCCAAGUUCAUGUCGUGUUUAAUUCUCGUGGAAAACUAUCCGUAUAUAAAAUACAAUGAAUACGUGAAAAAUGAGAAUAUUGUAGAGUUUCAGCAUUGCGAUGACCAGUGCGAAACGGCGGUGGUGAGAUGCGAUGAUAAUAGAAUUGAGAAAUUGAAGAGAAUAAAACUCACCAACAAGAACACAAUAGACGAUCACUUGUUCUGGUUGCGUGAACACGAUGCCACACACCAGUUUCCAUUGAAGCCGAACGUCUGCACCUUUAACAGUUCCCAGGGAUUGACUAUAAAGACGACAAACACCGAAGUGGACAUUGAUGUGCCACAUUGA